AUGUCGUCCCCUGCUAGCUACACCAUCAGCUCUGGCUCUGACUCAAGCUCUGACUCAGAUGCCGUGAGUGAGCUCUCCAACGAGGAAUGGCAAGCACAAGGGGCGUAUCCAUACGAGCAUUUGAGCGUGCGACCAGUUCGCUGUGGCACCACUGGACUCUAUCCUCUCACUCCCCAGUUCUGGAAUCACCGGAGCGCUGAGAGAUUGCCGUUCUAUGGAGGACAAGCUAUGAUGGGCCCUCGCGGUCCUCUGUGCCACACUGGAGAGAUAAGCACUAUCAUGAGGCCUGUCCACGAGCUCGUGCGCACGCCUCCGCCUGUGAUGCCCUACUCUGGCGUCAAGUGGCCCCCUAGAGCACCUCAGGCCGGCCGCAAGAGAAAAGCUUUCAAAUAUAUGCAUGACCGCAAUGAGGCCAAAGUCAUCUACGAGCACUUGAAGGAUGAGGGUAACACGAUGAGCUACCGGCUUCAGACUACAGUCCAGAACCUCCACAAUCUCAUGAGCCAAAUCUGUCGGCGUGAACAGAUUGCUCAAGAAGAUCUCUCUACCUACCUCCACGAGAUGACAAAGGACAUCCAAGAGGAUCUCGUCUACAUCCCUAACCACUGUUGGGAUAUCUGGCUUGAACAGGAUGGAGGUCUUCUUCCAGGAACUGAAACCAUGCGAAACCCGGUCGUUGUGCCCAGAACCAACUUCAAAGAGAGCGAUAAUAUGAAUAUUCACGAUCGGCUCUGGUGCCGACGCUUUGUUGCCAACAUAGUCUACGUGCAGAAUCACUUCUUUGCCUUUGUUCUUGACCGGAAGCAUGCCUUCGUGCACAUCCUGGAUACCUCUGGAGACGGGAGAGAUAUUCGCGCUGCUGCCUUUGUCAACUCCCUUGCAGUCUGGCUCAACAGCCUUGGGUUCUCGAUGAACUUUGCAUUCGCAGUCAUUCCCUGCACUCCUCAGCGGGAUUGUUUCUCUUGCGGCAUACUCUGCGCUCAGUGGCUUCGCCAAACGCUGCGAGACUUCAUCGGAGAACGAGUUGAGCAGAGUGGGAUCCCGUGUAUCAGCCUCAACUUUCGGAAUCGACCGUUUCCAACCCUCACAGACUCGUACCCUUCCGGCCUCUUUGUGAGAGAUUGGGCCAUUCGGCCUCAAGAUUACGAGGGUUCUCGUCGCUGGGCCAAGACAGAGAUGAUGAUUAACAUCUGCACAAGGCUAUCGAUCCCAAGCUUCCCUCAAUUCUUCAGGCAGGUUGAUCAGAUCCAGAUCCACCUUAUGCCCUGUAACAACAUGCUCAACCAUGUUAGAACGAGACUUGCAGAGCAGGGGCCUCAUUGGGGAUUCAUGACCUUCGCAGGAGCCUUUCGCAUUGCUAUUCCUGCCUUUGCCCAUGAAGGCGAGGGGCCUAACUUUGGGCUUUAUUACUUCGACGAACGAUACUGCAUGCUCCGCCGUCGUAGUGACCACUCUGAGGUUGACUGGGUUACAUACACCCCAAGGCCUCUCCCUCCUCGCAUCACGCCUGCUACGCUCCCUGUUGGUUCUCAUCACCACUGA